UCUCCUUCUCUCUCUUUGUUGUUAUUUAUAGCAGGCAACAAAAGGUUAAUCAAUUUUCCGACUAAAGCACCGGAAAGAUGACGACAUAUGGGACGAUACCUACAGUAUCGUCAUCGUUGGGAGGAUCAACUGGCCUAGAGUACAUUUCUCGUGCAAGAGAACGGAUAACAUCAGAGUUGGGCACUCGAAGGCCAUGGAAGGAGAUGAUCCACCUACAGGCAAUAGACCUUCCGGUUAACUUCCCCGAUGCCAUCACCAGGAUCAAAACCAAUGUGAAUUACUUCUUGAUGAAUUAUGCAAUCAUUGUGUUGGGGAUCCUGUUUCUAAGUUUGCUUUGGCACCCAAUUUCGUUGAUUGUAUUCGUGGUUAUGAUGGCUGCCUGGUUGUUCCUCUACUUCAUGAGGGAUGAGCCAUUGGUGAUCUUGCACCAUACGAUCACCGACGGUGUCGUGUUGAUCGUGUUAUCGAUUGUGACAAUUGGGUUGUUGUUGUUGACUCGUGCAACGCUUAACAUCUUGGUGUCACUUUUAAUUGGGGUGGUGGUGGUCUUGGUUCAUGCGGUGUUGAGGAACACAGAUGAUCUAUUCGAGGAUGAAGAGUCAGGAGGGUCGUCUGGGUUUUUGGCCACCGAAAAUGGAACCAGAUUACAAUUCCGUGAGCCUUCCUCUUCUUUUUCUUAAUAACAAGGAUUGUGAUUUGAGGCAUUUUUUGUUUUUGGUUAAAGAAAGGAUGUCUCUUGUUUCCAUUUCUUCUCGUAGAUUUGAUAGUUGUUUUUACCAUUGAUU